GGAGGAUAACAACAAGAAGGGUAGUGGCAGAAGUGGUGGUAGUCGUAGUGGUAGAAGAAACAUCAUACCAGAAUUAAGGCUCAGCUUUCAAUGGUCAUUGGGGUUGGUCACUGAGAUCCCUCUUGAGAGAACAGGGGAAAAUGAAGAAAAAGCAAAGGGAGAGGCAUGGGGCCCAUUCCUUUCAGAGUCAGUGACCAUUGAGUGCUGAGCUUUAACAGAAGGAGAAAGGAAAGACGAUCCUGGGGAUGAAGAUGAUGCAGACGAUUCCAAGAACACAAGAAAGAACAAACCUCCUUCGAUUAUGGCUACCGCUGAAGCAUCCUCACCAUCAUACAUUCUUGGCCUCUUCUUCAAGGGGAAACAGAAGUAGGCGCCGAGGAUGUGGCUCUCCGGGGAGAUGCGACCGCGGUAAAAACUCUAAUUCGAUCUACAGUACCUUCAAAGCAGACGAGCAAGCGCAUGAAAAAGCCAAGCGAGGACGAUACAUCGACCAGUUUGAUUUCAAACAUGCGGUUGAAAUUCGUAAAAGACUUGGACAGAAGAAAAGGAAGAGGAGAAAAGCGGCAGACGAAAUCAAGGAGUCUGUAUGAUGCCACUCAUUGAGAACGAAGAUAUUAUGGGGAUGUCGUUUCUGAGUAAGAAGGCAAAGGGGGAACGACGUUCCCCGAUCGACAUUCUCAACAAGUGGAACCAUUCAGAGUCAGAAACUGCGGAAGAGACUGUCGCGUUGCUUCUAGAACGGA